CUCCCGCGCAAACGUGUAGGGUGGGGUCUGUAAAGGUCACAAGCAGGCGCCCGACUUCUUUGUGCCGACGCUUGAAAGGGGGUGGAGCCCAGUUCACGCCGACUCUCGGGUGAAGGGGGCGUGGCCACGGUCGGGCCUUCCUGAAGAGCUGUGGUCUGUUUGAGGCGCAUGGUGUUCCCGGCUAAGAGACUGUGUAUGGUGCCGUCCAUGGAGGGCGUUCGCUGGGCCUUCUCCUGCGGCACCUGGCUGCCGAGUCGAGCCGAAUGGCUGCUUGCGGUGCGGUCGAUCCAGCCCGAGGAGAAGGAGCGCAUCGGCCAGUUCGUGUUUGCCCGCGACGCCAAGGCGGCCAUGGCUGGUCGUCUAAUGAUAAGGAAAUUAGUUGCAGAGAAAUUGAAUAUCCCUUGGGAUCAUAUUCGUCUGCAAAGAACUUCAAAAGGAAAGCCGGUUCUUGCAAAAGACUCGUUGAAUCCCUAUCCCAAUUUCAACUUUAAUAUUUCUCAUCAAGGAGACUAUGCAGUUCUUGCUGCAGAACCUGAGCUACAAGUUGGCAUUGACAUAAUGAAGACUAGUUUUCCAGGUCGUGGUUCAAUUCCAGAAUUCUUUUAUAUUAUGAAAAGAAAGUUUACCAACAAGGAGUGGGAAACAAUCAGAAGUUUUAAUGAUGAAUGGACUCAGCUGGAUAUGUUUUACCGGCAUUGGGCACUGAAAGAAAGCUUCAUAAAAGCCAUUGGUGUUGGAUUGGGAUUUGAAAUGCAGCGGCUUGAGUUUGAUAUAUCUCCAUUAAACUUGGAUAUAGGUCAGGUUUAUAAGGAAACACGUUUGUUCUUAGAUGGGGAAGAAGAAAAAGAAUGGGCUUUUGAGGAAAGCAAAAUAGAUGAGCACCAUUUUGUUGCAGUGGCUGUUAGGAGACCUGAUGGAUCUAGACGACAAAAUAUUUCAUAUCAAGAUGACUCUAAACCAUCUCAGAGGCAGUUUACCAUUCUUAACUUUAAUGAUUUGAUAGCGUCUGCUAUUCCUAUGACACCUGAGGAUCCUUCAUUUUGGGACUGUUUUUGCUUCACAGAAGAAAUUCUAAUACGAAAUGGUACCAAGUCAUGAUAGAUUUCCUGAGUAAGGAAGAGAAAUGAAAAGGGCAAUCUUCUGUAUUCACUAAACUAAAAUACUAGAUGUGCUCAAAUUUUAUUUAUCAAAACAUUUUUAAGACCCAAAUGCUUUUUAAGAGCAGACUUCCAGUUCAGUGGCUUCUUUGAAUAUGUUUACUUCUUCCUGUCCAGAAUUGUAAUUGACAAAAAUGAUGAAAAAAAAAAAUCUUCCAGUGAUACAUGUGCUUUAUAGAAAGAAAAAAGUAAAGUAUAAACAUGCUGAAGGCAAGCAUUUCCACAGAAUUACCCUAAAACUUGAGUUAUUGUUCUAGAAACUUUUGUUGCAAAUGAAUCCAUAUUAACUUUUUUUUAAAUGAUAACAUGUUUUGAAGAAAAUACAUAUGUUCUUCCUAACUGUUGUUGAUACAUAAACUUAGUGGUUCUAAGAUAUUGCCUCGUAUGAUGUCUGUGUGGCACAUAUUGUAAGAUUUAAGUUGUCAUUAGCAUUACAAUACAUUGCCUUAGCUGCAGUAACAUAAACUGCUGCUGGAGCUUCCAGGUUUAUAUCUUUAUACAGUUGUGAUAAUUUUUUUAUCAGUGAGUAGCGCUGCCCACCCCCCCUUCCCUGCUCCUUCCUCUACCCAAAGAUUCCAUCAACUCAGUUGUGUCUGCCAUGUUUUACCACUGUCAAAAACAGACCAGUGAAAGGAAAAGCUAAGCCCUACUGGGAGAAUUUCAUUGAGGUAACACGACUGGGCUUGAAGAAGAUAUACCAAAGUGUACUUCUUUGCCUGUUAGGAGUUUUAUGUAUCAUUAGUGUAAGCAGCAGUACAGUAAAAGCUCUGGCAUUUUGAGAGACAUGCUUAGACAGGCUUUAGAAAUGGAGUGACUGGUCAAAGGGGUUAAACAACUUUGGUAUGUAUUGUCAUUGCUCUUGAAAAACUGCAGUUCAUACUUCAGUUAGUCAUGUGUGAGCACCACCAUCUGUGUACUCUCUGGUCAACCAUAGGUAUUGCCUUGAUUGUAUUAUCUGAAGAUUGGAUGGGUUUUUUGUUGUUCUUUCCUUCUAUUGGUCUGUAUAACUGAAAAGUGUACCAUAUUUUAAGUUUGCAUUUGUUUCAUUACAAAUGAGGUUGAUAUGCCAUUGUUACUGGUUAUUUGUAUAUCCUUUAUAUAAACCUCUUGUUCAUCUUCAUCUGCUUUUAUUUACUAAAUAGACUUACAGUGUGAACAUAAUAUAUUAAGAUGCCAAGACCAUCAUGUUGAUGAGAGAAUCUACUAUAUUGUUGUAGUAGUGCAUGUCUUCUGGAGCUAGUCUUAUUACUGUUAAAUAUUAAAUAGAAUAAUAUCAUUGUUCUUAUUACUAACAUUAAAAAUUGUGUGUAAGUUGUAUAAAAUUGCUCAGUAAAGGUUAUUUUAUUUUAUUGAGCAUGCUUAAUUUGACAAAGCAUAGAAAGUCUUGUAGCGUUUCUAAUAGAUGAAGUAUUGUUAUCCCCUGCAUGAGUGUAAUACUGAAAUGAAAAAUCAUUUGUCUUAUAAUAAAAUGAUAAUAAUGAUGGACUUGUA